CUGCGCCGGAUUGGUAGUAGGCGCUACCUCACCAAGCCUCCUUGUGAAAGAAAGAAAAGAUUAAAUAAAGCAUGACCAGCCCGCCGAAUCUCUCGGAGGGGCCGAUGCAAACCGGCCUGGCCGCCUUCAACGCGGCGGAGAAAAUCAGUUCGGAGUUCCUCGCGAUCAGCUACGGCGCUUUGGUCCGGCAGAUGAUCGACGACCUCCCCCAGGCGGACGACGUCGAGGCGGUCAACCAACAACUCGAGGCCGUCGGCCAGCGCAUCGGGGCGCGGCUCGUGGAGGAAUUCAGCAUGCGGAGCGGCGCGGCCCCCUGCCGGAGCUUCGCCCAGGCCGCGGAAAGUGUCGCGUGGGUGGGAUUUCGCAUGUUUUUGAACCUCAGCGCCGAGGUCGCGCCGGUGAAGGACAGCGCGGACGCCUUUUCCAUCACUUUUUACGAUAACCCCCUCGCGUUGUUUGUGGAGCUGCCGCCGGGGCCGCUGUCGGGGCAGUUGUGGUACUCCAACAUCCUCUGCGGCGCGAUCGCCGGGGCCCUCACCAUCGUGGGCUUCCGCUGCGAGGUCCGCUUUGUCUGCGAUAAGCUCCGCGGCGACCCCAAGAACGAAAUCACAAUCCACUUUAAAGGCCGCGAAAGGGAGACAUUCCAGGUCGAGGAGAAGUAA